AUGGAGUGGCCGAAGCGACGCUGCGUGAAGCCCCAAAGCAACGCUCUCCCAAAUGACAUGCUGCCCAUCGCGCAACGCGUCAAAAAUGAGCCGCUUCUCAGCACAAAUUCUACAAAUAAGGAUCUGCACUCGAACCUCGUCGACCUCGAGGAGAUUGUGAUGAACUGGUCGCGCGUCGUGUUCAACGCCACCAAGAGCAAACAGGAGGCAAAGAUCAAGAAGAAGUAUCUUUCG